CUUAUCCACGAGGACUCCCGGAGAUGAAACGGUUUGUGCGUGGUUCCCGCAUCGAGCAGCCGACAAAGAUCGCUUUCUCUUGCAAUCCAUAUUGUCCUGCUCGGUGGUUGCCCUCGAUUGACUCCGGUAAAAACUCGACGACGGCGCGAUCACCACCGGUGCCGGAUCCAGUGGAGAAUCGGCAGCUCCCGUGACCAAUUUUCGUCGAACGAUGCAUGGCUUCAUCCGGCCUAACCUGCGUUAAGGUAAUGGACGAUUUAAUUCCGGAAAAGUUGCUUGCUUUUUAGUCUUACCUUCAUCCCGGCGUUUUAUUUCGCUGCGAUUUAAUUUUUGUCUGACGUUUCAAAAACCAAAACAAAACACCAUUCACGCAUACAAGCAUGAAAACUGAGAGCAAAACUAGACCGUUCGUUUGAACCAAAACUGGCACUCAACGAGUGCGGCACUCAGUGCCGCACCGGCUCUUCAAACGAACGUACCAUUAGUAACGCCUCAAACCGGUUACACAGCAUUCGUACACUUAUCAGCGCUCAGUCUGUCGUGAACCUUCAGCGAUCACGCCACAACAACGAUGCUCAAGUUACUUCUACUAGCAGCUACAGUGCUUUUGAACGGCCGAGUCUCGGUGGCCCUUCGCGUUUCGGAGUUGAAAUGCCAGCAAUAUCUGGAGCAGAACAGCCGGCGCACGAUGGGCGCCGCACUCACGCUCAACCCGGACAUUUUCGUCGUUACGACGGUGAACUGCUCGGACAGCGUCGAUCUGAUCGUGAACGGUGAGGAGGCGGCCCGGGGGGAGUUCCCGCACCAGGCACUGCUGGGGUAUUCGGACGGCGGCGACGGGUUCGAGUUUCGGUGUGGAGGAUCGCUGAUCAGCGAUCGGUUCGUGCUGACGGCGGCCCACUGCGGGACUCCGAGGGUGGUUCGGUUGGGCGAGCACAGCUUGAGCGACGAAGAGGACGAGGAGGACAUUGAGGUGGGCGCGUUCUACAAGCAUCCCGGUUAUACGGUGAAGGCUUCGUAUAAUGAUAUUGCGCUGGUGAAGUUGGUUAGGGGUGUUGAUUUCUACAACUUUGUACGACCUGCUUGUUUGUGGACCAGUACGGAGUUGAAUAUAUCAACGGUGAUCGCGACCGGGUUUGGGCAUACCAAGUUUGCUGGUAGCGGUUCGAAUGUUCUGAUGAAGGUGAGGUUGAUGUUCAUGCCGAAGGCAUCCUGCCAGGAAAAGUUCGAGUUCGAUAGACGGUUCAAGCAGGGCGUUCUGGACGGGCAGCUUUGCGUGGGAAGUCAGAAGGACGGUAAGGACACCUGUCAGGGUGAUUCCGGAGGACCGAUCCAGACCGUAACGGACCCCAAGACGUGCAUGUACCACAUCGUUGGGGUGACCUCGGUGGGCACGAGCUGUGGCGCCGGAAAGGCGGAGAACAUCUACACCCAGGUGGCCAGCUAUCUGGACUGGAUCGAGGAUACGGUUUGGCCGGGACAGCGCGAGCUGUACGAAGAUGAUGAUGAAUAUUGAUCGGUAAAUAAAACGAUUUUUGCUGAGGCUUUGUAUGAUUGUA